AUGACCGCUGAUGGGGUUCAGCGUUCUCAACGCGAGGCGAUGGCGCUGACAAUCAACGAAAUCGUUGCACAUCUUGUCGAAGCACACAGAGAAAACAAAACCGUCAAUCUGAACAGACUGAAAUGUGUGGCUUUUGUAAACAGUAAAUUUUUCUCUAACUUAUGUUUUAUUGUGAAACUUCUGCCCGGCUUAGAGUAUAUGUUCCAGAUUGCUCAAAAAUAUGGACUCAGCUCACAGCCCAAGCUUGUCGAUAUAAUCGCCGGAGUACCACCGGAAUUCAAGGAGAUUCUCCUCCCCAAACUGAAAGCAAAACCAGUGCGGACCGCUUCCGGCAUCGCCGUGGUGGCGGUAAUGUCGAAACCACAUCGAUGUCCUCACAUCAACUUCACAGGAAACGUCUGCGUGUAUUGUCCAGGCGGUCCAGAUUCAGAUUUCGAAUAUUCUACACAAAGCUAUACCGGGUACGAGCCAACCAGUAUGAGAGCUAUUAGGGCACGAUAUGAUCCCUUUCUGCAGACUCGUGGACGUGUAUCACAAUUGUUGCAGUUAGGUCAUUCCAUUGACAAGGUUGAAUUUAUCGUCAUGGGUGGUACCUUCAUGUCCCUCCCAGACGAUUAUCGCGAUUACUUUAUACGUAAUCUUCAUGAUGCCCUCAGCGGACAUACCUCAAAUAGUGUGAAAGAG